GGUUAGUAGUUCUUAAAUAUCGUAGGGGAUAAUUUAUCAUGACCUACUCCCUCUCGCUGUAGAUUAGUUGUGACCUUCUCGGUUUUAUUAAGAGCCGCGGGCUUUCGGCAAUUCCCCAUCCAAGUUAUUCGGUAUUAUUAAGCAACUAGAAGGUAUCUAGAGCCAACUUGAGCCGUUUUUUAAGGUAUCUAUGAUUCAGUUAAUUCUUCCAUAUCCGAAAACCGUUCCCAGUACUUCGCUGUCGUGGCUAUUGCAGGGAAACAGUUCAAAGUAACUAAUAACGAUUUAAUUAUGAUCAAAACACCGUUCUAUGGAACUGACGUUGGUGAUCGUGUUCAAUUACAGAAGGUCCUACUUUUAGGAUCAUCAGACUUUACUAUUAUCGGUCGACCAAUUUUACCAGUGCAUCAGGUGUAUAUUGAGGCUGUAGUGAUUGAAAAAACUCUUGAACACCCUAAAGUUUGGUACCAGUUUCAUCGUCGUCGUAGACACCACAAACUGCGAGUAUUCCAGGGGAAUGUUACUGUCCUUCAGAUUAUUGAUGUUCGUCCCAAUACAUUAGCAACUCAUUAAAUUAAUCCUUGAAUAUACGCUUACUCGUUAAAAAACAUUUAGGCUUUUGUAUACUUUUAAAAAUCCGCUUUCUGCGAUUUUUGUUCAUUUGAAGUAUUUGAUAGUGUAAACUACUGCGGUACUCCGAAUCAUGUCAAAGUUUGUUUCUUUCUCUCUCUCUCUGUCGAUGAAAAUGUAUUUCCAUCAUAACAGACUCGAAGGAAAAUAGUCUCAAACUUUGAUUUUAUAACAUGGUAAAAUGUCUAGCUUAAAACAUCAAGAAAAGGCAGACAGCAUGUACUUUAUACUUUUCAUGGUAUUGUAAAGUUUAUUACUGUAACGUUAGUCUUGGUACUCAGGAUUCUGACAGCCUUCAUCUCAGGUUGAAAUGACAACAUGUUUCUGAUUUUCCCUUCUUUCAAAUGAAAGAUAAUAUCCUAUGCUUUUAGAAGUGAGUUUCAAGGGUGGUUACUUGACCUUGGUUACUCACCACUCUGCGUAUUUCAAGCGACUAUUUCAAAGUCAGUCAUAUAUGAAACUGUUUUUAUCAGUUUUAAUCUCUUCACAAGCUCGUAACACAAACUUAGUGAAUAUUAAGAAUCAAAUAAUCACAAAAGAAAGCAUCACCCUUAAAAUCUAACAGUUUAUAACAGGUUUUAUUGGCUUAUAAUUUAUUUACUGGACAACAGGAGUUAAUUAAAAAUAAAAGUAAAGUUUACCAAGUAUUCAAUCAUUGUUUGGUCAAAUUUUUAAUUGCCAUAUAAAUUCAUUGGAACAUUUGUUGACCUCAAAUAUUGUGACUUUUUGGAAAUACUCGUUUUACUGUAUUAUAUUUAAACAUCUAUUUGAUGCGUGAAAAUGCUAAACAUUUCUUAAUAAAUCCAGUAGUAUAUCAUUUAUAAAAUCCAAAGAAGGGAUAUCCAAUCAUGGUUCUUCUAUUUGUUAAUCGCUUACAUGACAUUAUUAUCUCCUCCAUCUUGUGACUUCAAGUGUCAUCAAUUCUCUCGCCUAUUAUUCGCCUUUUAACUAAUACUUUUAUUCGAAAACUACCAAAAGUCAACAGAAUGAGCUUCCGUUUAGACUGGUUGAUAAAUAUAUAGGGAUUGAUAGUAACUGCCACCUUAAUUCCUAAUUUUGAAUAACAGAACGUUUCAAGUGAAGUUUGCUAAAUAUUGAACGUAUAGUUUCUGAACUUGGUUGGGUAGAAAAAAUGUCUGUCACAACAACCAGAUGUUUUUGUCUAUAUCACUUUGAUGGAGAUGUGAACCAUUAGAGUGUGACUCUGAUCUCAAAACAUCGUGCCAUCUAAGAGAUUUGAAGGUCCUGAGUUUAGUUGAACGUGAGUUUACGAAUGCACUAUAUUUAAGCAUUCUAAACUGAAACGACCUCCAUUCAGCGCUAACUAGUUCUUGAAUUCUUUCCAGCUGAUUUCAGCCUGCCAUUGAAACUAUCUUCAUAAAUAGCCGGAAGUUGGUUUCAAUGUCACAAGUUCAUUCACUAUUUGUUUUCCUCCAAAGAUCUAAUAUACAUUCUAGUUGUCUUUUUUCCCUUCUAAAUCCACAGUAUUGUUUUCUUAACGUAUCGGCAUAUGUAUUAGUUUCCCGUUUGUAUUGCAAAGUGUGACAACUUUAACCAACUCGUCUUUGUGGAAUGUUAUACAUUUUUAAGUCAGUGAUUUGGACGAAUUAAAGAAACAGGUGAUUAUUUACAUGAAAUUAAUCUUUUGUUAAGUAAUAAAAUCUAUUACGUGAUAAACAUGAUGGUGUAUAUAAACUUAUUUGACGGGUUUACUUGUCGACCAGUGUAGUCAAAAAUCGUUUCUGAAGAAAAUAAAUCAGUUAAAUAUUAAGAUUUCAGUAUUUGUGAGGGGUACUUAUUUUCUACUUCCAAAUAAAUCUAAGGGAAGUUAAUGCCUUUUUA